AUGUUGGACGGCUUGCACAACGGCCACUCCAAAGAGGAGCUCAAGUCGCAAGGCGCAAUUGAAGCUGCACGCGACCCUCACAGUAAAGUCACAGCUGCAGACGCCGAACAGAAGAUCCUCGAAGAGUCAAAAAAGGGAGGUGCUGCUGCCUUUGAGUUCGACGUCGAUGCUUCUGCCACCGAAAAGGCCCGCCAGGUCAAGGCUCGACUGCCGCCCGAGCUGCAACACGUCCACAAGCACCAGACUGCCGUCCUCGCUUCCGACCAAGACGAUUCUAUCAAACCUGCCUACGAUAUUCCUACUGCGCCCCUGAGUGCUGCUCUUCCCUCACCCUCAAAGUCUACCGCUGAAUCUGCCAAUGACCAGACCCACGAGAAAGAGGAGGACUGGGCCAAGGUUGGCUGGGCUCCUCGCUUCGGCCAGCUGCCAGACAGCGCCAGCGUUCAAGGAGAGAACCUGCUCGACCACCAGACCAUGCUCGAGGCCAAGCUGGAUGACAAGUUCUUUGGCGAUUGGUACCACAACACAGGUGUCAUUAUCUUUGCCUGUCUUUCUUCGUGGGUUGUCGCCGUGCUGGGCGGAGGUCUCGGCUGGGUCUUUAUCGUCAUGGCCGUCUGCGGAACAUACUACCGCACCUCGAUCCGCAGAGUCCGUCGCAACUUCCGCGACGACGUCAACCGUGAAAUGGCAAAGGCCCGCAUUGAAACCGACGUCGAAUCUCUCGAAUGGAUCAACAGCUUCCUCGUCAAGUUCUGGCCCAUCUACGCUCCCGUCAUCUGCAGUACCAUCAUCAGCUCCGUUGACCAAGUCUUGUCCACUUCGACUCCUGCUUUCCUCGACAGCAUGCGCAUGAAGUUCUUCACCCUGGGCACAAAACCCCCUCGUCUUGAGCACGUCAAGACUUAUCCCAAGGCCGAGGACGAUAUCGUUCUCAUGGACUGGAAGUUCAGCUUUACUCCUAAUGACACUGCCGAUCUUACUGCUCGUCAGAUCAAGAACAAGAUCAACCCCAAGGUCAUUCUUGAGAUCCGCCUGGGUAAGGGUAUGGUCAGCAAGGGCAUGGACAUUAUCGUUGAAGACAUGGCUUUCUCUGGUCUCAUGCGCGUCAAGAUGAAGCUGCAAAUUCCUUUCCCUCACAUCGAAAAGGUCGAGAUUUGUUUCCUCGAACGCCCCAAGAUUGACUAUGUCUGCAAACCUCUUGGUGGUGACACCUUUGGCUUCGACAUCAACUUCAUCCCCGGUCUGGAAAGCUUCAUCCAGGAACAGAUUCAUGCCAACUUGGGUCCUAUGAUGUACCAGCCCAAUGUCUUCCCCAUCGAAAUCGCAAAGAUGCUUGCUGGAAAUCCUGUUGACCAGGCCAUUGGUGUCUUGCAAAUCACCUUCCACGGCGCUCAAGGUCUCCGCAAUCCUGACAAGUUCUCUGGCACUCCUGACCCUUACUGCACUGUCUCGAUUAACAAUCGCGACGUCCUGGGCAAAACAAAGACUGUUCAUGAAAAUGCAAACCCUCGCUGGAACGAGACUAUCAAUGUCGUCCUCACUAGUCUCAAGGAUGCUCUCACUUUGCAAGUUUACGAUUACAACGAGUUCCGCAAGGACAAGGAGUUGGGUAUUGCCACUUUCGCACUCGAUCAACUCGAGAAUCAAACCGAGUUCGAAUCUCAGCAGCUCGAAGUCAUGGCCAACGGACGUGCUCGCGGUCUUAUCUCAGCCGAUAUUCGCUUCUUCCCCGUACUUGAAGGCGAGAAGCUCCCUGAUGGUACUGUCCAGCCUCCUCCCGAAAGUAAUACAGGUAUCGCCAAAUUCACCAUCGAGAGCGCAAAGGAGCUCGAUGGCAGCAAGAGCAUGAUUGGUCAACUCAACCCUUACCCCGUUCUGCUUCUCAAUGGCAAGGAGAUCCACGUUGGAAAGAAACUCAAGCGCACAAACAACCCUAUCUUCCCCGAUGCUACCAAGGAACUUCUCAUCACCGAUCGCAAAAAGGCAAAACUUGGUCUUGUUAUCAAGGAUGACAGAGAUAUGAGUGCUGAUCCCAUUAUCGGUACCUAUCAACUCAAGCUUGACGACAUGCUUGAGCUCAUGCACAGAGGCCAGGAAUGGUACAAUCUCGCUGGAGUCAAGACUGGUCGUGCCAAAAUGUUGCUACAGUGGAAGCCUGUGGCUCUCAAGGGCGCUCUUGGUGGCUCUGGAGGUUACGUUACCCCUAUCGGUGUCAUGCGUCUCCACUUCCAGAACGCUCGCGACUUGCGCAACCUCGAGACGCUCGGCAAAUCUGAUCCUUAUGUCCGUGUCAUGCUCUCUGGUGUUUUGAAGGGAAGAACGGUGACCUGGAAGAACAACCUCAAUCCUGACUUCGACGAGAUUGUCUAUAUUCCUGUUCACUCGACUCGUGAGAAGCUCAGCCUUGAAGUCAUGGACGAGGAGAAACUAGGCAAGGACAGAUUGCUGGGCAUGGUUGAGCUUGCUGUCUCGGAUUAUGCUCAUCAAGAUGAGUCUGGUGAAUAUCUCGUCGAUGACAGCAAGAAGCUUUUGUCUUCAGGCCUGCGCAUGGGCGCUACUGGCUCAGCCAAGGGUGUCCUCAACUUUACUGCAUCAUUCUUCCCUACUUUGAAUGUCAUCGACCCCGAAGAUGAAGAGAAAGAGGACAAGUCCAGCCUUGAUGUCACUGAAUCUACCAAGGAGCCUCCCACGCCUACUCUUGAUGCACGACCAGAAGGCCGCACCCGCAGUAACACUGCAGGUACCAUCGGCUCCCUCAAGCUCAACCCUGCAGCUGCUGAGAUGCGUCAACAACUCGCUGCCAAUGAGAACAAGCAAGAUGAUGGUUUGCCUGUCAAGAAGGAGGUUCCAAGGGUUCGCAUCGGUGCGGAUGAUCUCGCAAACUAUGAAUCUGGCCUGCUUGUCUUCAAGAUUAUUGAUGGCGACCUUGCUGUACCCGGUUCUCAUCUCGAGAUUAUCAUGGACGAUAUGCUGUUCGCUUCCUACACCUCAUCGAAAACUCGCUCAAAACACUACGUCUUCAACGAGACUGGCGAUGCUAUGGUCCGCGAGCUCGACUUGUCCAGAAUCACAAUGCGCCUUGUUGAAGAGGUUGACUCCAAGGGAGAUGACGAGCACGAUAAGCACAUCAAGGCUAAAGUCACUGGACAGACCCUGGAAGUCCUCAAGUCUGCACUGUACACGCCAACCAAGCUCGCACUCAAGGACAGCCAUGGACGCGACAGCUUUGUUACUGUCAGCUUGAAGUAUCUGCCAGUCAAGAUGAAGCUGGAUCCCUCCGAGAGUAUCAACAACCAAGGCAACCUCCGUGUCGAAGUCCUCGAUGCUGCCGAUCUUCCCGCUGCUGAUCGCAAUGGAUACUCUGAUCCUUACUGCAAGUUCACUCUCAACGGCAAGGAAGUGUUCAAGAGCAAGACACAGAAGAAGACUCUUCACCCUGCUUGGAACGAAUUCUUCGAGGUCCCUAUCCGCUCCAGAACAGCUGCCAACUUUCAAGUCGAUGUGUUCGAUUGGGACUUUGGCGACAAGGCUGACUUCCUCGGCAAGGCAGCCAUCAACCUUGAUAUUCUCGAGCCAUUCCGUAGACAGGAAGUUACUCUUGGUCUCGAUGGCAAGAGUGGAAGUAUCAGGUUGGGCAUGCUCUUUAAGCCAGACUAUGUCACCAGAUCUCGUCAAGGAUCAUCCACCUUCCACGGCACUUUCGCAGCACCAGGCAAGAUUGUCGGCGCACCCGUAAAGGGUGUUGGCAAAGGUGCAGUCUUUGUCGGUGGCAAUGUUGUUCGUGGCGCUUCUUUCCUUGGUCGUGGUUUCCGUCGCAGAAAGUCGAAUGCUGAGCAAGACACCGACGAAGUCAUUACCGAUGACACACCCAUGCCUGGCAUGAGUACUGGAGCACCACUCGUCGAUCAACAGAGCCCCGAGUACACUGUGAACGUUGAAGGACCAGGCACGCCACACUCCCGCACACGCAGCUUUGGCAACAACACAACAUCUCCCACCUCUUCUGAGACAGGCACUGCAUCCAUUAGUGUCUUAUCUGCUGCUGGCUUCCCUGCUGGCACAAAGGUCGAAGUCAAGAUCAUGCACGAUGGUCCACAAGGUCUGAAGGAAAUCAUCCGGACCAAGCCACUCAAGACCAAGGGAGAAGAAGUGUCCUGGUCCGACCUACGUCUUGAGAAGAAGCUCUCCUGCACAGCAGACUCAUCCUUCAGAGUCGUGGUGUCUGACCACCAUACCUUUGGCAACGGCGCUGAGCUAGGAGAAGCUCAGUUCUUCCUCGACGAUCAAGGCGCCGGUGGCGAGAAGGAAGUCAAGGUUGGCAGCGGAAGUGUCACGGUCAGGAGUUCAUGGCGACCUUCGACUGCAGACUCAGCAUCUAUGCUGGGAUCUAUCAGAGGUAGCCCUGGCGGCGCAAACCUCGGCGGCAGCAUUGGCAGACGCAGUUUCAUGGGCAGAAGAGAACGAAGCGUUACCCCCUCCGCGCCCGGACAAUCUUAG